GAUGUGUUUUUAGAUCAGAUCACUGAGCGCAGCUUCGGCUUUGGCUCGUCAGCAGUCAAAAGCGGCCUUCUCGACGUCUCGGCUUCUGCUGGGUGUCCGACCUUUGGGUCCAAUGUGCAAUGUUCCAGAAUUUAAGGGAACAGCCGUCGUGGAUGGAGACUUCAAGACGAUCAGUGCAAAGGACUAUCAGGGCAAAUGGUUGAUCGUAUUCUUCUAUCCGCUCGACUUCACAUUCGUAUGUCCAACCGAAAUAAUUGCGUUCAACGAUCGUGCACCAGAAUUCAAGAAGUUGGGUGCUGAGCUGGUGGCUUGUUCAUGUGAUUCACAUUUCUCACAUUUGGCUUGGGUGAUGACACCUCGUAAAGAUGGUGGUCUUGGUGAGAUGCAGAUUCCGUUACUGUCGGACUUCAACAAGAAAAUCGCCGACUCUUUCGGUGUUCUUGAUUUUGAAUCGGGUGUCGCAUACCGUGGUUUAUUCUUGAUCGAUCCCAAAGGUAUGAUUCGCCAUGCAACUGUGAACGAUCUGCCAGUUGGUAGAAGUGUUGACGAAGCAUUACGAGUUCUGAAGGCAUUCCAGUUUGUUGAGAAACAUGGCGAAGUAUGCCCAGCGAAUUGGCACGAAGAAGAGCCAACGAUCAAGCCAGAUGUGAAAGGAUCAAAAGAAUAUUUCAACAAAGUCAACAAAUAAUUCAGCUUGACCCGUCACUUUAUCUGAACUUUUUUGCUGUCAUCAUAAACGGUUCUAUUAUUAUUCAUUUUGCUUCAUUAUUUCGUUGUUCGUUGUGAUGUGAUAGUCGCCAAUAUAGUUUUAUUAAAUGUUUAUUCGAAUAAAUUUUUGAAACGUCA